AUGCAUAAUAACAUAAUAUCUGAAAAUAAUCCUGCUUUUAAGAAAGAAAAAGAUGAUACAAUUUGGCAAAAAUGGAUUGGAUAAGUAGUGUGCCGCCACUACGAAAUACUAGAAAAAUUAGAUUAAGGGUCGUUCGGAUAUGUUUUUAAGGCUCGCAGAUAAAAGGAUCCGAACAAUAAACAUAUAAAUUCUUAGGGUGAUGAUUUGUACGCUGUGAAAAUAGAAGAUAACACUAGCAAGAAUUAAGAUACACUUACUAAAGAAGCCAAAAUACUGUAUGAUUUAAAAGCAGAAAAAGGGUUUACAAGAAUGUAUUAUUAUAUAAAAAACGAUAAAAUAAAUAUUAUGGUUACUACGCUUUUAGAUAAAUCGCUCGAUAAGCUCUUCAAUAUUUGUAAAAAGAAAUUUACUUUGAAGACAGUUUUAAUGAUUGCUGAUUAAAUGCUCACUCGUUUACAGCAUUUUCACUCACGAGGUUAUGUGCAUAGAGAUAUAAAACCAGAUAAUUUUAUGAUUGGCAGAGGAGUUGAGAAAAAUUAAAUAUUUUUAAUUGAUUUUGGUCUCUCAAAAUCUUAUUUAAAGAAAAAUGGAGCUCACAUAGAUUUUUCUGAAAAAGUUGGCUUAGUCGGAACUACAAGGUACACUUCCGUUUAGUCUCAUUUAGGAAUGGAAUAAUCUCGUAGGGAUGAUUUAGAAUCGUUAGGUUAUACUCUAAUUUUCUUUUUGAAAGGAACUUUGCCAUGGAUGAAUUUAAAAUCAAGAAACAAAUCAGAACAUUAAAAAUUAAUCUCAUAAGUAAAAAUGAAAACGCCUCUACUAGAACUUUGUAAAGACUUACCAGUCGAAUUCAAUAAAUAUAUGACUUAUGUGAAGAGCUUAGGAUUUUUCGAUGAGCCUAAUUACAACUACCUAAAAAAACUAUUUCGUACACUCUUCUUGAAAGAAAAUUUUUAGUAUGAUGAUAAAUUUGAUUGGAUUAAAGAUGAACCUAACUGUGCCAAUGAUAAAAGAAAUAUGUUUGAGAAAUUUAAGUCAGUAAAUCCUAUGCCCGCAAUUAAAAUUGAAAAUAACUUCAUAGAUAACUAUCAUCGUGAGGAUUCUCCAAAGAAUUAAGAAGUGGAUAAUUAUCCGCAAGAAUCUAAGAUUAAUAAUAAUACGCUCGAAGUUGGCUUUAAAAGAAAAAACACUAGAAAAUCUACAUAAGAAUAUAUUAAAAAAGUAGAACUACAAAUAAAAGACGAAGACGAAGAAAGCUACAAAGAAGAAUUAGCAGAUAAUGUUAAUGAUUUGAGCAAUCAGAUAAGCAAAGUAGCUCGUUUACAUGCAGAAGUUGAAUCAAGUGACUAUGACCAAAAUAGAAAUACUUCCAAUACAAUUAAUUCUAACAACUUAGCCAAGAAGUUUGCGAAUUGCGAUAAGACUAGUACUACAGAAAUGAAUGAUUUUGAGUUCGAUUUAGGAGAUGAUGUUGUAGCUGAAGAAGACGAAACUCAUGUAGUUGAUAAAAUGGUAAGGACACUUGCACAAGUAUAAAUGAGAAUAAAAAGAUUCAAAUAGUUGUAAAAAAAAAGAAGUACGUCAUAUAAUCACUGA